AUGACUCUUACAGCCACCAUGAAUCUUACACCUAACGGAAGAUCAAUAUUCGCUGGAGAUUCCCAGAGAAAUAAAUUUACUGCCAAGUUAUGCAAGAAACUUUCAUUCCUUAAGGUUGAAAAUGUCCGUUUGGUAGAUCGAAUAUCUUCUAAAAAAGCAGCCUUGGGUACCUUGUACUUGACGGCUACUCAUGUCAUAUUUGUGGAAAAUUCUCCUGACACAAGGAAAGAAACAUGGAUUCUGCACAGUCAGAUUUCCACCAUUGAAAAACAGGCGACAACCGCGACUGGAUGUCCUCUGCUUAUUCGCUGCAAGAACUUUCAAUUGUUACAGCUCGUCAUACCGCAGGAAAGAGAUUGCCAUGAUGUGUACAUCUCUCUGAUACGCCUUGCAAGGCCAGUGAAAUAUGAGGAGUUGUACUGUUUUUCAUUCAACCCCAAACUGGAUAAAGAAGAACGUGAACAAGGGUGGAUGCUGAUUGAUCUCAGUGAGGAAUACAAGCGAAUGGGCUUCCUUAAUAGUAGUUGGCAGCUCAGUGAUGUGAACAGAGACUACAGAGUUUGUGAUUCUUACCCUACUGAACUGUAUGUUCCCAAGUCAGCCACGGCACACAUCAUAGUGGGGAGUUCCAAGUUCCGGAGCAGACGGCGAUUUCCUGCCCUUUCUUACUACUAUAAAGAUAACCAUGCCUCCAUCUGCCGGAGCAGCCAGCCCCUGUCCGGCUUCAGCGCCCGGUGUCUGGAGGAUGAGCAGAUGCUGCAGGCCAUCAGGAAAGCCAACCCAGGCAGCGACUUCAUUUACGUCGUGGACACUCGGCCUAAACUUAAUGCAAUGGCAAAUCGUGCUGCAGGAAAAGGCUAUGAGAAUGAAGACAAUUACUCCAAUAUCAAGUUUCAGUUUAUUGGAAUAGAGAACAUCCAUGUCAUGAGGAACAGUCUGCAAAAAAUGCUGGAAGUGUGUGAACUUAAAUCUCCCUCCAUGAGUGACUUUCUGUGGGGACUGGAAAACUCUGGCUGGCUAAGGCACAUUAAGGCUAUCAUGGAUGCAGGAAUGUUCAUUGCAAAGGCGGUUUCCGAAGAAGGGGCAAGUGUGCUGGUUCACUGUUCAGAUGGCUGGGACAGGACCGCCCAGGUGUGCUCAGUCGCCAGCCUGCUGCUGGAUCCGCACUACCGGACUCUGAAGGGCUUCAUGGUAUUAAUUGAAAAGGACUGGAUUUCCUUUGGCCAUAAAUUUAAUCAUAGAUAUGGCAAUCUAGAUGGUGAUCCAAAAGAAAUCUCUCCAGUUAUUGACCAGUUCAUUGAAUGUGUCUGGCAGUUAAUGGAACAGUUUCCCUGUGCCUUUGAGUUCAAUGAAAGAUUUUUGAUUCACAUUCAACACCACGUUUAUUCUUGCCAGUUUGGAAACUUCCUAUGUAAUAGUCAAAAGGAGAGACAAGAGCUCAAAGUUCAAGAAAGAACAUACUCUUUAUGGGCUCACCUGUGGAAGAAUCGGGCUGAUUAUGUGAAUCCUCUGUUUAGAGCUGAUAGCAGUCAGACCCAGGGAACACUUCGUCUCCCUACACCACCGUGCAACUUCAUGUACAAGUUUUGGAGUGGGAUGUAUAAUCGCUUUGAAAAGGGGCUUCAGCCCCGACAAUCGGUUACAGACUACCUGAUGGCGGUAAAGGAAGAAACCCUGCAGCUAGAGGAAGAACUAGAAGCCUUGGAAGAAAGACUGGAAAAAAUCCAGACAGUCCAGUUAAACCACACUAAAGUGAAGAGUAAGCAAAGUGAACCCAGCAAACACCCAGCGUUUUCUACCUCAGACAACAGCACAGCCAACACUCCCCAGGAUUAUAGUGGGAAUAUGAAAUCUUUCCCCUCCAGAAGCCCUUCACAAGGUGAUGAGGAUUCUGCUCUGAUUCUAACCCAAGACAAUUUGAAAAGCUCAGAUCCAGACCUAUCAGCCAACAGUGACCAAGAAUCAGGGGUGGAGGAUUUGAGCUGUCGCUCCCCAAGCGGUGGGGAGUGUGCACCAAGCGAAGACAGCGGCAGGGACCGGGAUUCCGACGAAGCUGUGUUUCUCACCGCCUGAAGCUUCACAAUAAAGGACACGCAGGAAGCGCUUUCCAAAAAUAAGGGAACAGUGCAAUUUAAAAAGAAAACAAUAACUGAGGAAAUGCGUGAUUAAGAAUUUUAAAAAGUAGCCAUGAAAAAGGGGAAAAAGUUCAAGUCUUAGUUCUUUAGAUGUUGAAGAACAGAAACUUUUAUUACAUAAAGGAACAUUAUUUCCUGUUUUGAAUUUUAUUCUAGAGCAGUCACUUCUCCCAUCACCUGAAGUUCUCAGAACAGGUUUUCUUGUCCUAGCAUGCAUCUGCUCACAGAGCCGUGCCCCUCUCCCUGGUGACCGUUACCCUUGCAUAUCUUCCUUAAUUUCAUCCAGAUGAAUUUUUUUAAACAUCUGACAUUAUCUUUUCUCCUAACUCAUAUCAAUAUGUCUAAUAACAAGGCAUAUUGUUAAGAUGUACCCUCUUGAAUUAACGAUAUAUUUCUAUAACUGAGGAACUUUGCUUAAGCUUACCUUUCAGGUUUACUAAUCACUCUAACUUCUCCUUUAAUAUAUUUUGAAUUGUUCUAAUUUUGUUGCCUUUCCCUGGAAUCUCCUAUUUCUCCUCAUUUAAAAAUGUUAUAACUUGUAACUCACUUUUUCUCAAACAUGGAUCUAAUAUCUAAUAAAGUUGAAGCAACCUUUA